GUGUGUGUGUGUGUGUGUGUAUGUGGGGUUUACAGGAGCCGCGAGAGCAGUCGUCGACGACACGGAGUGGCUCCGUCCGUCCGAGAGUCCGGUAUCAGUGACGAGUACGUACCGUGGCCGAUACUACUCUACUUACCUCUCCUCUUCCCUUGAUCCACGAGUCACGUGGGGAACGACGAGUGAAAAACCCGCUAGUAGUAGUCCCGGUAGGGGAAUGGGUUCAUCGGCAACCGGCGACAGGGGCGGGAGGGGAGGAGAAGAAACUCGGCCUACCACGAUAACGCAGGCUCGUUCUGUCUAAUUAUUCGUGUUUACCCGCAGAGAGAGAGAGAGAGAGAGAGAGAGAGAAAGAGAGAGAGAGAGAGAGGAAGAGCGAACGGGAACAGCUACGUCCGCGACUACGACGUGCAGUUCAUGGACGACGGUAGGAGCGAGAAAAGGAUGGCCGGUCGUAGUCGGGACGGCGGGUCGGUCAGGAAACUCACUGUCUGCCUCAUCUAUCUUCUGACCCUCCUCGAUUCCUACUGUCAAAUGGCGCCAGCGGUGGCCGGUGCCACCAGGGGCUGGGAGGCAGGAAGCGGGCACAGGUACAAGCUGACGACCACGCUUCUCUUCAGGGAAGCGGUACCGCUGAAAUCCGGAGGAGACGUCGGCUUCAGGCUGACCAGCGAGCUGGACGUAAUCGCUGUGUGGCGGGAUCCUGCUGAUCCUGAUGUCUUUCUGCUCAAGUUUGAGCUGUCGUCGCCGCAGCUGUGGAUCAAAUCCCGGUGCGCCCCGGAGCCGGAGGGCUUCGUCGAGCACUCGUCGAAGGUGGGCGAGACCGGCGAGAAACCGUUCUUCGUGACCUGGCGGCACGGGGACGUCCAGGCGCUGUACAUGGACGUGACCGAGAGCGUGUCGUUCAUGAACCUGAAGCGCGGCCUGGCCAGUCUCUUCCAGUAUCGCACGCUCGACGAUGAGCACGUUCGCCAGAACGACGCGUCCGGCCUCUGCAACGUGACCUACGUGUCUUUGGGACCGCAGAUCAUCCAGAAGCAGAAGACCGGCUGCGCGCAGAGAAUCUUGCCGCGGAGCAGGCUGCACCCGAAUCCGGUGUUCGACGUGAAGCUAGCGAGCACCCGCAACGCCACGUACGUGCUGACGCACUCGCUGCUGCCGGAGCGCGUGGUCGAGCACGAGGCGCAUAGAAUGACCUUGACGUCCAAGUCGGACGUCGGCACCACCGUGCUGUCGGAGCGGACGCUGGAGCAGCUGCCGCAGCCGCUGAGCUGGACCAGCGUGGUCCAGGCGGACACCGUCAAGCAAGCCAUAGCGCUCCUCCAGCCCGGAUACUCGGAGACGCAUAUCGAUCUCCAGCUGGAACCCAGCGACACGUGUCCUGACGUCGGUUGUCCCACGAUCGACCAGACGAUCGAGAAACACCACGAAGCGCUGACGGUCGGCGCGCUCGGCACGGCUCGGUCCGCGUCGGCUUUUCUCAAACUUCUACCUCUAGUCAAGGACGCCUUGCCCGAGGAGCUGUACAAAGUCCUCAAGACACCGCGCUACAGGCAGGCCAGGAUGCAGCUGUUGGACAUUUACGGUUCCGCUUCGACGUUGGCCGCCCACAAGGCGGCGAUGAAGAUCCUGCGGCAGGAUGAGAGCGGCGACGAGACCGAGAGAUACCUGUGGGCCUUGUCGCUGUCGCCGAGGCCGCACAUCGACGUCGCCAGCGACGUGCUGAGACGCUCCGAGGAGACGAUGCAGAACGACCACGUGUCCGAGACGUACGCGCUCACGGCCGGCGCGAUGAUGCGACAUUAUGGCUCACCGUCGGCGAUCGAGAAGGCGCGAGUCAGCCUGGAACUCGGUCUGAGCGUGUGCACCGGCGACGAGUGCAAGCUGAAGUUCUUGCGAGCGCUGCGCAACCUCAGGAGCCCGCACGCGAUCCCCACGCUACUCGAAUACGCGUUCAGCGAGAACCGCGCUAUCAGCGUCGCCGCAUGGCGCGCGUUGGCGGUUCUGCCGCGGAAAGCCGUGAGCGACGAGGUGAAGAACGCCGCUUUGAGGAUGUUCUACCAGAUCGGGGGGCCGCGGAGGGACAGCAGCGCGCGAACGCUCGCGUUGAACAUCAUCCUCGAGAACGAGCCCUCCGAGGAGGUGAUACGCGAGCUUGUGAGUUACCUAGCCGGGUGGGACCGAGCUUACGAGGUCCGCAAGUAUCUGAGUCAACGGCUGGAGCAAAUCGCCGAGACGGACGAGCGCUUCGCCGGCUACCUGAGGAACGCUUACGUGAACGACAAUGUGAACAAUUAUCACGUGCGAGCGCAAAGAGGCCUCAGCCUCGCCUUCAGCAGGAGCUUCCUGCGCUCGCCCGACAGCAACGGCUCCCUGCUGACCUUGCAGGAGGUAAAUCUCGGCCUGUUGAAGCGCGGCAUCGUGGACGUCGUGCUGGAGACCAACGAGCAGCAGCAAGCGAUGUUCUCGUUGGGACUAUUCGCUGGCGGCCUCGGCAUCGGUGGUUUCGUCUCCAGCAAUAAAGAAGAUACUGAGAAGGCUCAAGAGGACAACGAGGUGACUACCGCCGGGAUGGAGAUAGACAUACUGGGCGUCGGCGUGCGGCCGUUCGUCUUCUUCUCAGGCCAGAGCGAGCUGAUGAGCCACGUGUGGUCGGGCACGGCGUCCGAGAGGACUCCCGCCUUUCAAGUUCUCAGCUCGCUGUACAGCUACAGCGAGCACGUGCCAUUGGGAUCCGGCUUCGUCGCCGAGCUCGACGUGGAGGGUGCCGUGAGCUUCGACUUGGCCGGCCAGAUCCAGCUGAGCCUGUGGUCGAGGAACGCCCACUCCCUGGUGGAGAUGAACGCGGGCGUGAUGGUCCACGGCGGCAGCAAGGUGCGCUCCAGCUUCGUCCAGAGCAAGGCCGAGUUCUCGAUGACGAUGGAGCCGAAACUCGAGCUCUCCACCGACGUGGACUUCUACGGCCAGGUGGCGUUGUGCAUGCGGCUGAGUCAGCCGGCGACCACCGUGAAGCACCAGGUGUACAAGAUCGAGCGAAUACCCGGCAGCCGGCACCGGCUGAGGAAAACGCGUCGGUCGAGGAGCCUCUCGCCCGGCCGGUCUUACCUGCUCAACCAGAAGAACAACGAGAUGUGCGCGAAGGCGUUCAGCUAACGCGCGCCGUCCGGACGCGCGUGUCCGGUGAUUGACUCUUCCCGUCGACGUACCGGUGAUCGUGAUAGAGACUUUAUCGUUUUUUCCUUUCUUUUUCUACUCUUUCCUCGCGCAUGGUGAUACUCGCGCAUCACCAUGCGCGGACUCUCGAGAGCGCAGGCUCUGACGAGCGUGAUGAUACACGGUAGCGUUUGUGUGUUUGUGUCUACGGAAAUUU